CCUCUUAGCCUCCCACCAUGACUACGUUAUUAUUUUUCUAACUUCCUACGUCUUCAGAAACUUCCAUUUGAAAAGAAACGCUCCAUCUUCACCCGUUUAAUACCCCCUCCAAAAAAGUAGUAACAGAAAAACCCAUCAGACUUCUUUUUAUUUUCCUCUCUUUCAGUUCUUCCAUCUAGUUGAUUCUUGAUCAGCUAUGGCUUCAAUUUAUAUUAUUGCAACUUUCUCUUUAAUUCUUCUUCUUCUACCAAUAUGGUCCACUGCAAGCAAUGCUCUGCCUCCUAUCUUUUCCCCAAUCCUUGGGAAUGCGUGUAAAGAAAUGAAUUGUGGAAAGGGUACUUGCAAGGCAUCUUCAAAUGCUACUUUUGGAUUCGCAUGUGAAUGUGAACCUGGCUGGAGGCAAACUCGUUCAGAAAACGAUAAUCUUUUCAAGUUUCUUCCUUGUGUAAUUCCCAACUGUACUAUGAACUUCUCCUGUGGAGAGAAGGAGACUCCUGCCCCGGCACCAGAUAAACGCUCUAAUUCAUCGAUCUUUGAACCUUGCCGUUGGGCUGAUUGUGGAGGAGGCUCGUGCAAUAAGACCUCUUCCUUGACAUAUUCUUGCGAUUGCCAAGAGGGUUAUCACAAUUUACUCAAUCAGACUGCUUUCCCUUGCUUCAAAGAAUGUGCUCUUGGAAUGGAUUGUGCUCAGCUGGGGAUUGAUGUAAUGAACAACAACUCGUCUCCUCCUCCUAGUUUGCCUGAUAUAGAGAAUGCGUGUAAAGAAAUGAAUUGUGGAAAAGGUACUUGCAAGGCAUCUUCAAAUUCUACUUUUGGAUUCACAUGUGAAUGUAAACCUGGCUGGACGCAAACUCGUUUAGAAAACGAUAAUUUCUUCAAGUUUCUUCCUUGUGUAGUUCCCAACUGUACUAUGAACUUCUCCUGCGGAGAGAAGGAGGCUCCUACCCCGGCACCAGAUAAACGCUCUAAUUCAUCGAUCUUUGAACCUUGCCAUUGGGCUAAUUGUGGAGGAGGCUCGUGCAAUAAGACCUCUCCCAUGACAUAUUCUUGCGAUUGCCAAGAGGGUUAUUACAAUUUACUCAAUCAGACUGCUUUCCCUUGCUUCAAAACAUGUGCUCUUGGAAUGGAUUGUGCUCAGCUGGGGAUUGAUGUAAUGAACAACAACUCGUCUCCUCCUCCUAGUUUGCCUGAUAACAGCAAAAGUAUAGCUAUUUCGUUUUUUGGUGGUGGCUAUGGCUGGUUGAUCAUCACAGUUGCAUCUAUGGCUGCAGUUUUGUUGAUAUAAUUACACCUGCGUUGAUGAAUAAGCAAAAUAUUUUGCAGCUGGUUUUGGCUUAGGGGUUAUCAUAUUUGUUAAUCCGAUAUGAGUGAUUUAGAUAAUUUUGCUUUGUUAUAUAGGUAGUUAGGAGAUUCCACUUAUGCCAUUGAGCUUUUUGUAUUCCCUGUAUAUAGCAUUCUGGGGUUGAUUAUUUUUGGAUUUGUGAGACAUUACUCAAUUUGAUUGGAAGAUUGAACCAUCUGCACUUCUUAUGGUAUUGUAGUCCUUAAUUUUACUUACAUUUUUUCUAAGGAAAGAGGAGUAAGAAAUUGUUUGUCUA